AUGAAGCGUGUAAUAGCGUCCGACUCCGUGUUUGACAUUUCCCAUGCUCUGUGCGUACGAGAGUAAUGUGUGUAUGAAAUGCAACUGCAGCCUGCAGCAGCUUGUGCCUUGUAGGUGUUCACUGUUCAGCCAUCGUUGGUGCCUCAGUACACACUGAGCUUAUAGCCAAUUUACGUCGCGUUUCGAGCAUGUCUGCGUCAUUCUUAUCGUCCGAUUAUAGUUGAAGGAAAAAAAGAGCAGUCAGCUAACCAAACAGCUCUGCGAAACUGCAACGACUCGAGUGCGCGUGUGUAUAUGUGUGUAUGUGCUCCAGCAAACUCCAUUAUACAGAUGUAACAGCUCCACUUUCAAUAAUUUUUUUUUUAUCAACUUCUUCUCAGCACGUUUGUCGACAACAUCCGCUUCGAGUGAAACGACGUCUUUGAUGAGAAUCGACGAGCGACAGCUGAAAAACAAUGAACCAACAGCGAUCCUUUGUGGCUGCGUCAUUUGCUGCAUUUCUUAUCUGCCAAGUUGUGUCAGCUGAAGGAUAUGUCAAACUUACACACGAUGGCCCUGUCACACUUGGUGGCACUAUCACUUUUAAGGCUGAGUUAGUAAAUAGAAGAGGAGAACCUCCAUCAGGCUCUUUCAGGUACACUUGGAAAGAUGAUGCUCUUAUUCAACAUUUUUAUCAGACUGAUAAAACAGAAAAUACAACCAGUUAUUUUAGUGUAAGUUACCAAUCUCCUGAAUAUCAUGUGGGCUCUUAUAAAAUGGAAGUAUAUGUAUGUAAAUUUCAAUACUUGGGUUUGUAUUGUGAAGAAUAUACUAGUAGAAGAGUGCAGUUUGAUGUGACUCGUUUAUUAAACGGCGAAGUUGCAAUUGAACAGUAUAACAAAACUUUAACUAAUGAGUUUGUAUCGUCAAGUGAAGAAGCCAAAUUAAUAUUAGAUCUACACAAAGGAGAUUACGAGUAUAUCACUAAAGCAGCUACUUCCAUCUCUACCUAUUGGUUUAUAGAUUGUCACAGAGUCAAUUCAUCCAACAACUUUAGAUUGGAUUAUAAUUUCACUAAAGCUGAUACUUUUCACACUAUUCAAGCUCUUGUGGAAGCUUCUUUUGAUCCUCCUACUACAACUGCAGCUCCGACAAAUAUAACAACAACACCAACACCAAUGACAGAUAAUUCAACUAAACCAGUUACUCAACAAACAAAUUCCUCUGUAAAUGUUACUACCAUUCCUUCUACAACAACAACUACACCAUUACCAUCAACCACAACCAUUGCAACUGCUACAAUUUCUUCUGGAAACAAUACAAAUAAUACAGUGCCUCUAUUGGGAAAUCUAACUCACCCUUUUGUAUGUGGUUCUAAUAUUAAUCCAGAAGCAAAUAAAACUUAUGGCUAUUUUCAAAAACAAAUCAAAACUAGAGCUCCAAUUUCAAAUUUAAAAACAGAAGGUGUGAUUUAUAUCAAGCCAUGGGAUUUACUUUCCCUUGCUGUUUCUUGCAAUGGAAGUGGACCUUUUCAAAAGUGUGUGAAAAUAAUUGUUGGACAAUACAAUGUCACAGGAAAUGAAACUUGUAAAGACCCAGAAGUUUUGAAGUCAUGUGAAUUCUCUAUAUCCCAUUAUUUUCUUGAUGCUCAAGAAUAUACAGUGCUCAUAAUAGUAUCUAAUGAAGUCAGUACAAGAAUUCAUCCUGUUGCUGUCAACAUUUCUCCUGUAAAACCUACUGCACAAUUAUCAGUAAUUGUAGUGCCAGUGUCGUGUUCAUUGGUAGCCAUUGUUGUUAUAGUUUUUGGAAUUGCCUACUAUGUACAGAGCAAAUCCCGCUACACCGUUGAAGUAGCCGAUUUUGAUUUUGCUCAGAGUACUACAGACAUGGAAUACAAAACGUUUACCGAACGACUUCGUGAUUCUUUCAAUAACGCAGGCUACACACAACUCAAUAAUUCUCGAGAGGGCCAAUGACACAGUGCACAAUUUAAAACAGAAAUUUGAAAAUGAAGGAGUUAAAUGAAAGUAACAAAACUGAGACAAUGAUGAAAUUUCACAAUGUUGAAGCUGUUUACUUAGAUACAUAUUUUGAAUGUCAAAGCUGCUACAGUAUUUCACUAUAAGUAAAAUAAUGUUAACAAAAAAAGAAAAAAUAUAUGCAUGAAACAAAGCCCGUGUACAUAACAAGAAUGAAAAAUACUAGAAAGUGAAAAAAUAUGAAUGAUGUUACUUGAAAAGGCUGUGAGUGCAAUGACUAUAAGAGCCAACAAAUAUUUUGGUUGAGAAAAAGAGUGUAUGAAUUAUACCCAACAUGUACGUUAUGUCAAAUGGUUUAACGACUGCUUGUGUGUUUUACACGAUAUUUUGAAAAAAAAAAAAAUUUACAAAAUAAUCUUUUAUUUUAAUUUUUAAUACAAUUUUAACGAUAAGACAAGCCAAUUUUACGAAACAAAAUUGUUUAAUUUAGUCAUAAUUUUAAUGAAAUUGUAAAUUAUAAAUUGCGUUAAUUACAGUGUUAUAAGAUUUUUUGUUAUUUCAUAAAUUUAAUUUACACAUAUGAUUUGUACAUAGAUAAAAUAUAUAUUUACAUAAAAUAUUUUUCUCGCUACUUGGACGCAGGCUAAUUUGCGAAUGGCCUUUUAUUACAUGAUUUUGUAUAUAAUUUGUUUAAAUAAAUUUUCGUAAACGAAAA